GGGGGUUACGGUGGAGAGUGGAUCACGAUAUCAUAUGCGUAAUUUAGGAAGCAAACACAACACGAAGAGACCACGAAAACUUAGCGCCCCUCCACCUGAAGUAACAGUGCCAUGUGACACCGCGCUGACGCGCGAACCAGGUUUAAACCCCCGCGCACCCCAGGUUGCCCACUCCACCGCCUGGCUAGGCAGCCACUUCCAUCGCACUCCACGCCGCUCAUCUCAUCCCGACCCCGCAACCCUCACAACGCCUAACCCAGCCCGGCAUGCCGCUCAUCUACACCCUCCCGAACGAGCUUCUCCUCGAAAUCGGCUCCCACAUCCACGGCCGACACCGAAACACAGACCUCGCGAGUCUGUGUCUCGUCUCCCAGCGCCUCCGACCCGUCGGCCAGGAGCACUUGCUGCGCGAACCGACCUUCCACCUCGACCAGAUCCACAACUUCCUCUGGGAGCUCGGCCACCGCUCCUGGGUCAUCCCCAAGAUCCGCCGCCUGGAGAUCAAAAGCACGCGCAAGAGCAGAGUCGACGCCGCCGACGAAAGAGACGCCUCCCGCUACAUCCGCUAUCCAGCGCUCGCCUGCCCGCCCCAGAUCGCCCAGAGCACAGAGUUCCUGCACCGCUGCAACGCGCUCAUCGCCUUCUACGCGCGGCACCCCAAGCACCAGGCGCAAUGGCAGACCGCCCUGCACACGGACGUCGUCGCCGCGCUGCUCGGCAUCGCACUCGUCGUGCUGCCCAACCUGCAGCAACUCCACCUCGCCGCGACAUGGCUGAUGGACUUCCCCGUCUUCGCGCCGCUGCUAGCAGCCAACGUCACAGCGCGGCCCUCCAUGGACUGGAAGCACGACUUCCUCGCCGGCGCGCUCGCCGCGCUGCGCGACAACCUGCGCGUCCUGCACGUCCCGACCGACCUGCGCGGCAUGCAGUUCGCGCCGCGGUGCCGCGCGCUGUUCGACUUCCGCGCCUUCACCCGCCUGCGCGAGCUCAGUCUCCCCAUGGACGCGCUCUCCUACGGCUUGUACCACCGCGUGCGGCCGCCCGCGGAGCCGCGCGCUAUCCUCCCGCAGUCGCUGGAGGUCCUGAGGAUUAGUGAGGCGACGGAGACGACGGCGAACUUCGUCAACAAUCUCUGUCUGGCGAAGAAGCGCGCGAGCUUCCCUGGCCUGCGCCGCGUGGAGGUCAUCUACUGCACGCAUCGCGGGCGUAUACUGACGCGCGCGUACACCAUGCGGUGUCCGCAUCCGGUGCGGGAUGUCGUGAGCAUGUGUACGGAUGCUGGGCUGGGCGUGUGGCUGUACUUUCCAGGGUCGCUGAUGUGUACCGCGGAUGCGGGGGCGUCGCUGUGGGGACUGAGGGACGCUGGCCUGUUGAGGGAGGUGGAGGAAGAGGUGUGGGCGAAGAGAAUGGGGGUGUUUGGCGUUCCGGAGCCGAGAUGGGAGGUUUUUGAAUUGGGGAUUGAUGCGGAUGGGGAUGUGGAGAUGGAGUGAGAGGUGGAACUGAGGAUGACAGACUCCAGCCUCGGUGCCAAUUGCCAGGCGAUGCUUCGGAACUAAUAAUCGGGAGACGGUGUCGGAUUCUUCCCAUCCCCGUGGUUGCGAGCAUGUGGCUUCUAGAUACGACUAUUGCCCGUCGUUCGGAAGGCAUACACGACUAUCUCUCUUGAUCUCGUUAGCGAAGCACUUGCUCCCUCUACAAGGGUUGCAGUUCUCCCA